AUUGCCCCUCUCACGGCUAGACUUUGGGCUCUUGGGCUCCGUACUAUCUUGCCCGUUGAAAGGGCAAAAUGGUCAAAAUAUUCUUCUACUUUGUCUUGUGAUAUUGAACCUGUCGUCGUCCCUGCUGCUUUCCUGCAGUCUCUGCACUCCGAUCGCUUGAUUCAGCUCCGGUUCUGGGUUUCUGCUACUGAUUCAGCAAAAUUUUGUGAUGGGGACAUCAUCUGGAUCUAACAUCCACCUGCCCUCAAAAAUGUUGCCCCCAUGCCAGCAACCGCGAGCUGGAGGGCUGCAAACAUCACUGUCCCUGCUCUCUUCUGAUCCUCGCUUGUCUCCUGAUGGCCAGGAACCUAGAUCAAACUCUGAUAAUAUGCGUGAAUCUCCUACUGAAAGUGCCAGCUCCCGCGAGACCUGGCCUACUGCUGAUGCUGUUGUGGCAAAGAAGUUGGAAAAUGGGAAAGCAGAGGUUGAAUGUGCCGAACAGUCUGUUAUUCGUCGUGUCUCUAGUGCAGAUAAGAUAUCUCUACGAGACAUAGCCAGAGAAAGAGUGGAUUUAAUCUCUGAAAAAAUGCAUCGAAUACCUGAUGAGUAUCUAGAGGAGCUAAAGGGAGGACUUCGGGCUAUCCUUGAAGGGACUGGUGGUUCUCAGCAUCGAGAGGAAUUUCUAAUUUUGCAGAAACUCGUUCAGAAUAGAUCUGAUUUAACAGCUAAGACAUUGAUUAGAGCUCACCGUGUACAGCUCGAAAUCCUUGUUUCCAUCAAUACUGGAAUUCAGGCAUUUUUGCAUCCAAGUAUCAGUCUCUCUCAGACAUCCCUUAUCGAGGUCUUUGUUUUCAAGAUGUGCAGAAAUAUAGCAUGUCAAAACCAGCUUCCUGCUGAUGAUUGUACUUGUGAAAUAUGCACAAACAGAAAUGGUUUUUGCAAUCUUUGCAUGUGUGUGAUCUGCAACAAGUUCGAUUUUGAAGUGAAUACAUGCCGUUGGGUUGGUUGUGACUUGUGUUCUCACUGGACUCACACUGAUUGUGCGAUCCGUGAAAGACAAAUUUGUAUGGGCCCUUCUAAAAGUGGAGCCUGCCCGACUGAAAUGCUUUUCCGAUGCCGGGCAUGCAAUCGGACAUCUGAAUUGUUAGGUUGGGUUAAAGAUGUAUUUCAACAUUGUGCACCAGCCUGGGACCGUGAUGCUCUGAUGAGGGAACUUGAUUUUGUUAGUAGAAUCUUCCGUGGAAGCGAAGACCCUCGAGGAAGGAAACUAUUUAUGAAGUGUGAGGAUCUUAUGGGAAAGAUGAAGGGGGGACUUCCAGAGUCAGGAGCAUGCAGAGCAAUAUUGAUGUUUUUCCAAGAGCUCGAGGUUGACUCUCCAAAGAGUGUGGAAAAUGGGGAGGGUGGACGGCUGAUAGUCCCACAGGAGGCAUGCAACCGAAUUGCUGAAGUGGUACAAGAGGCUGUAAAGAAGAUGGAGAUGGUUGCUGAUGAGAAGUUGAGAAUGUUCAAGAAAGCCCGCAUGGCGCUUGAGGCUUGUGACCGAGAGCUUGAGGACAAGGCUAGGGAAGUCGCGGAGAUAAAGUUGGAGAGGCAGAAAAAGAAGCUACAGAUAGAAGAGCUGGAGAAAAUUGUGAGGCUUAAGCAAGCAGAGGCUGAUAUGUUCCAGCUGAAGGCCAAUGAGGCAAAACGGGAGGCUGAGAGGCUGCAGAGGAUUGCACUUGCUAAGACCGAUAAAUCUGAGGAAGAAUACGCCAGUAGUUAUUUAAAACUUCGUUUGAGUGAGGCCGAGGCUGAAAAACAGUAUCUGUUUGAGAAGAUUAAGCUGCAGGAAAGUUCACGGGCAUCACAAAGCAGUGGUGGAGGUGACCCUUCGCAGGCCUUGAUGUAUUCCAAAAUCCAUGAUUUGCUACAAGGGUACAAUAUCAAUCCAAACGCAGAAUCCCAGCCAAAUGAGCGCCAUCCCUUCAGAACAAAUCCCUGAGCAAUGCUUCAUCUGGUAGUAACUAUUCUUCAUUGUGAGUGUUGAAUGUUUAUGAUACUGGGAUUAGUUUGAGCAAUUUGGAUAUCUAAAUGGUCCUUGCGUUGUAUGUUUACGGAUUUGUUUAUUUUGCUUAAAUCAACAUUUGUAUUGCUUUCUAUGCAAAAUAUUGGAUGUACUAAAAAAUUUUGAGCGACAAGCCUUGCAUUGUUGAAGAACA